AUGCCGUCUCCUUGCUCUCUCCUGUGCCGACUGGCCACGCUUCUCUGUGUGUGGACACUAUGCCAGGCCCAGUUGGACACCAAACCACCCCCUGGCACCCCCAUCAUCCAGCUGCGUCUGGCAGGGGACAAACACAAGCACUACGAGGGCCGGGUUGAAGUCUACUAUAAUGGAGAGUGGGGCACGGUGUGCGACGAUGACUUCUCCAUCCAUGCGGCCAAUGUCGUGUGCAGGGAGCUGGGCUACGUUGAGGCUGUGUCUUGGUCUCCUUCCUCCAAGUACGGCAAGGGAGAAGGUAAGGAACACAGGAAGAAGAGAUAGUUCAGUAACAUGUUGGAAUCUGAAAUCCACUCUGACCAUUAAGACUUAAUUAAAGGGAUAGUUCAGAGAAAUUAUAUUUUUUGAAACAAAUACAUUGUAUUUUUUUGUCAUUUAGCAGACGCUCUUAUCCAGAGUGACUUACAGGAGCAAUUAGGGUUAAGUGCCUUGCUCAAGGGCACAUCAACAGAUUUUUCACCUAAUGGGCUUGGGGAUUCAAACCAGCGACCUUUCGGUUACUGGCCCAACGCUCUUAACCUGUUCUAUUACAGCAGAAAGAUACAUAGGUGAGAUACAGUAUGUCCCUCUUUGCAGGAACUAUGAUUAGCAUAGCAAGGAGACGAUGUCUCAAUGGGAACACAUGAGUCAUUAACAGGGGCCGGUUGUGUUAAUAACAUCAAUCAUCUAGCUUUUAUAGAGAGCAGCUGGAGCUUCAUACAGCUCCAUACAUACUGUUUCAUUUACAACCUUCAAUCAGAAUUAUGGAGUUGGGAAAGUAAUUAGACAUAUGACAGUACUAGAGAUCUUCAAGACAAGGGGGAUGAUGAGAUUAUGUCUAUGCGUCUGGCUUAGUGUGUUUCCAGUUGCCAGUCGUUUUCCCCACGUAGGGUUUGAUUGGUGUGUAUCAGAUAGACUGUAAUGGGUAAAACAUUGCUUUUUGAGGGAUUAGGGUCCAAGACAGGGUAAACAUUAGUCCCGGGAUUUCCAUAGAACAUAUCACUCUGUUCUGAGCUGCUGAGACAGAAGUCAUAUAAUGUCAGUGGUGUCUAGUUCACUGCAUGUGCCCAGAUGAUUUAUUGAUCUUGAAAUAUGUAGACUGAAGAGUUGUUAGCUGGGAAAGCUAGACUUAUUUUUUCCAGGUAACAUAGGAAUAAGGUGUGGAUAUCCACCAGCAUAGGGCCAACAUCCCCAGAGCAAUUCUGCAACAUUUAUCAUCUCAAAAGGCUGAGUUAAUAUGCCCUAUCAGAACCUGAAUGGAACAUUAUCAGAAUGUGAAGAGAACGUUAGACCAUUUAGAUUAGUCUAAAGAGCCAUAAAACUUUUUUUGACAAGUGAUGGCAACUGGAAUUCUGUAACACUUAUUUCUUGCACGAAUGGUCAAAUUUGGCCAUUCUAACCUAAGCAAUAGGUGAGUUGUCAGGAACUUAAAAAUGGAUUUGAUCAAUCUCAUGGCCUGCUUUAUGAAGGUCCCGGACCCAGAUUAAGCCUAGUCCUGAAUUUAAAAUAAUGUUAAAUGGAGAAUAUACUGUACAUUGAAAGUUGAUAACUAGACAGGUCCAAAUUGUUACCCAAAGGUGUUGUCUGUUGAAGCCUAAAAUGGAUAUAGGGUGUUGCUGUUGAGAAUGGAGAGGGUUCCCUUACCUUCAUGUGUUUCAUGUGUGGUCAUCAGAGAAUAUGUCUCUGUCCCCCAUUGUUCGUAGGUCGGAUCUGGUUGGACAACGUCCACUGUUCGGGACGAGAGAGAACCCUGGCCCAGUGUGAGUCCAAUGGCUUCGGAGUGUCUGACUGCAAACACUCUGAGGACGUGGGAGUG